AUGAGUAAAAGAAAUAUUACAUUUAAAUUCAUCAUGGAAAACAAAUCUGAAGAAUCUACGUCACCCGAGAAAACAAUAUUCACUGCUAUAGCCCAAGGUGACCUGACUCAAUUCAAGAAUAUUCUCGCGCAACAUAAAGGAAACGUCGAUUUCUUUGACGAAAAUGGUAUGACGGCACUUCAACAUGCUGCUUAUAAGGGUAGCAAGGAUAUGGUGCAAUUAUUACUCGACAGGGGUGCGGACGUUAAUUCAGGGAAGCAUGAGUACAAUUAUACAGCGCUACAUUUUGGUGCUCUUUCGGGAAACUCUGAAGUCUGUAAGUUACUUUUAGAUGCUGGUGCUAAGCCUACUGCUACAAACUCUGUAGGACGCACUGCAUCCCAAAUGGCUGCAUUUGUUGGUAAUCAUCAUACCGUUGCAACAAUAAACAACUAUGUUCCAUCAAGUGAGAUUUCCUACUACUCAGUACCUCAGGGUCAGCAGGCUGAACCGUAUUUGCCACCCUUCUUAGUAGAACCUCUUCACAAGUUAGUUCUUGGUGUCAACAUUCACCCUGUCCGAUUAGCUUUAAACCUGCAGCAUAUGCCAACUUUAUUAGAUAAUGCUGAUAAAGUAAGCAAAGUGUUGGAAAUGCUCUGUAAAAGGGAAAUGACAAGAGGUAGUGAUACUAACGAAGUGAUGGCAUUUAAAUAUCAUUAUCUUGCUUAUAUUUUAAAAGAAAUAAACAAUAUAAGAGAUAAACAAAAACCUAAUUCUGAUAAUAAAGAGGACAAGAAACAUGAUAUUGUAGAAGUGUUUGCUAAGAAGCUUUUAAAGCCUGGUAAAGAUGGAAUGUCUUUAGAUCUGAUGGACUCCUUCCUUAAAGAUUGCGUACGUGAAUUUCCAUAUAGAGACAGCACAACUUUUCACCAAAUGGUCAGUUCUUUGACAAGUAAAGACCCACCACCAGCUCUUUCUGUCAUCAACUGUACAAUAAAUGGACAAAGAGGUUUUGUGGAUGCAAUACCUUAUUGUAGUACUUGCGGUGAAGAGAAACCAGCUAAAAAGUGCUCAAAAUGCAAAACAGUUCAAUACUGUGACAGAGAAUGCCAGCGCUUACAUUGGUUUGUUCAUAAGAAAGCUUGUAACAGAGAAUCUAGCAUUCCUGUGUCUAACACUAAACCUAAUAUUGAUGCAACCGAGUUGACCUCUGAGCUGCAAAACCUAGUAGCUGGA